AUGAAAAUCCCAAGCACCGAUGGCUCCGAUCAGGGCAACGGCUGGUGGUUUUCCAAACCCGACGACUCAUUCAAUGCCCGUGAAAACACCGACUUCCUCCGAGGUUUCGAUGAGUCUGUCAGCGUUGUCAAAGAGGCCCUCAAGUCACAGGGUCCGUUUGAUGGAAUUUUGGCGUUUAGCCAGGGCGCGGCGUUCGUCACCCUCCUGCAAAUCCUCAUGGAACAACACCCUGAAGAAUGGGAUGCACCCGUGGUGAAAUUCGCCAUCCUCGUCGCAACCUUCAAGAGCCGGUCGUCGCUGCACGCUCCGCUGUACAGCGGAGUAAUCCAAAUGCCGACACUCCUCGUUUACGGAGAAGACGACAAAGUGAUACCCGCAGAAAUGACCAAAGAUCUCCUGCCCAUGUACGUCGCCCCUCAGACAACCCUUGUUCACCCCGGCGGUCACUUCAUUCCAACAAAUGCGGCAGCCAAAGACGCCUACCGCGCGUUCAUUGCGCCCUUCCUGUCAAAUCCCAAAUGA